AUGAACGAUAAUAACAACCAAUACAACCCAUCGGGUUACAACUAUCCCCCUCAACCCGGCAGGGCACCCACCUACGGCUACGGCCAGCCCCCUCAACCCGGCGGGGCACCCACCUACGGCUACGGCCAGCCCCCUAAACCCGGUGGGGCACCCACCUACGGCUACGGCCUGCUUUCUGAGCAGUACCCGGAGGCUACCCCUUAUUAUGGUGACUUAAAUAUCCCGCCUGCUGAGGGCAAGCCUCUGUAUAGUCAACAGGAAACCGAAGAAGAGCCUAACCUGAAGCGGUUCGUGAAGCAAGGCUACAAGGAUGUUUGGGCGGCUUGUGUGUUCUUGAUCCUAUUCUUUGUACCUCUUGUGUGGGGUGUCGUGAACAUCAUCACUUUUACGCCGAUUUCCCCUGAUGAAAAUGAUCCUACUGUUUCCGGUAGGAGUACUUUGAACAUGUCAGAAUUAAUUCACCGUAUCAUCAUUGUCGCUAUUUCCUCUGGAGUGUCUGCUGUACUGGCGCUGUUUCUCAUUUAUUUGAUGAAAUGUUUGCCGAAACAGUUUAUCUACAUCGCGAAUCUGCUGAAUUCUGCCCUAUUCGCCGCAGUGGCCGUAUUUUGUGCGACGCAGCGCGUGUGGCCUCUAUGUGUUAUCAUGGCGCUGUUCUGCGUUAUUUCUCUAGCAUUCUUGUAUUGCGCGCGUAAACGAAUCCCCUUCGCAGCUGCUCUUCUAGGGUCAUCUGCAAGGGUUAUACUGAGAUACAAGGCCAUCUUUUUGAUCAACAUAUUAACCAUAAUAACCUUUUUUGUGUACACAGUUGUCGGAUUCUUUAUGAUGAUACCCUCAAUUGAUCGAGCGUACCACAGGCGCAAAGGCAAAGGUGACGUGGCAAUCAUUUUGAUUUUCAUUUUUAUCUAUUAUUGGGCUUCACAGGUUUUUGAUAACGUGCUGCACGUUACUGCCUCGGGCUUGGUCGCGACAUGGUAUUUCGCUGGCUUCGGCAACAUGCCAUCCAACCCAACGCUCGCCGCCUUUACACGUGCUAUGACCACGAGUUUCGGCUCCAUCUGCUUCGGCAGCCUCUUAGUGGCCAUCAUCGAGUUCAUUCGCAGCCUCGUUGAUUCUUCGGGAAGGGAGGAUAGUUUUCUGGCGUGUAUCUUGGACUGCAUUUUGGGUUGCAUUGAGAUGAUACUCGAGUAUUUUAACACCUACGCCUUCGUGCAUGUGGCCAUCUACGGAUGCGGAUACAUCGAAGCCGCGAAGCGUACGUUUGAGUUGUUCAGUCAGUGUAUUUGUAAAGCACUCUUCAACGACUGCCUGGUAAACCCAACUCUUGUAAUAUCGUCAUUUUGUUUGUCUCUGGUGUUGGGUAUUGCUAGCGGUUUGAUAGAUUGGAACCUUGCGACGGGUAUAAUUGCUUUUCUUAUGUCCCUUUGUAUUUCCACCAUACUAUUUUCGCCCAUUCGCAGUGCUGUUGUAACCAUAUUCGUAUGCUUUGCUGAUGCCCCUGAGGCUUUGGAGAGAUCCGACCCGUCACUAUACCAAAAGAUACGUGAUGCAGAUGCUGAGCGCAACCAGAGUUCAUAG